AUGGUUGCUGUUUCAGAGAAGGGAAGGGUUAAAGGGGGAGACAAUAAUAAUAUUAUAUACGCCUCCUCUUCUUCUUUUUUCCCCAAAUUUCAUCUCCAAAUCGAAGCUGUAAAUCCCUCCCUCGAAGAACACCAGCCGGUUCCUCUCCGUCUCCGUCCGUUCGCCGGUAAUGUUGUCCUUCGAGAUGACGUUCCGGCCUCCGCCGCGCCGGUACCGACCACGGCCCGGCUCGUCGUGACCGGUUUCGCUGCCUUCGACGAUGACAGCGACGACAUCUCGGGGCUGGGUGGCGCGAUCACGACGAUGACAGCGUCGGGGCAGUCGAUGUCUAUGAGCGGCAGCGUUGGGUCGCCUUCGAGCCGGAGCGAGCAGACGAUGGCCACUCCCGCCAACGACAACACUUUCCGAUUGAAUCAUCUCGAUAUCCACGCAUAUGAUGCCGUUUCCCAAGGAAGAACCCGUUGCAAAACCGGUCUCCGCCUCCCACGACCGGACCUCCCACAACGGCUUCUCCGGCUGAACCUCCGCCCUCCAGCUCGCCUCCCUUUGGGGAUUUUAAUGGAGAUGAUCGUAAUGUUGAGGAGAAAUGGAUAAUUUUUUUGGGGCACUUAAGUCAUUUUACUGAA